GUGGAGAGCGAGAGUAAAGAGCAAAUGAGUUACAGAGUAGAAGAAAGAGGGAUGGAGGAAGACGAGGAACGAUGUCGUCAAAGAAGGCUUGAAGAAGCCAUGGAAGUUAAAUCCCUCAGGCGUAUCAUUAGCGCCUAUCUCAACUAUCCAGAAGCCGCUGAAGAAGAUGUUAGAAGAUACGAAAGGUCUUUUAAAAAGCUUCCACUGCACCACAAGGCUUUAAUAUCUCACUACCCCACCAAGUUUCGGAAACUAAGUAAAUGUAUUUCCAUAAAUUCUUAUUUCAUUUUCGCUAUGCUUCAGGCAUUUGAUCCCCCGCUUGAUAUGAGCCAGGACAUGGAUAUUUGUGAGGACUCUCAUGUUAAAUGUAAGCCGGAUGAUCAUCUGUUAUCUCAAGACAUGAAUGUUAACUCUUGUCUCUGUACCUCAACUAGUGUAAGAAUGUGUUCUUCUGAGGCUGAUGAAGCCCGCUGUGAGGAAAAGAGUGAAGCAAUUUGCAAAACUACAAAAGAAAUGGCUACAAAUAAGGAGGUUGAAACUGAAGUUCCCAGUGAGUCUAAAGCUGCAAACACUCCUGCUGAAUUGGAAAAUAAAAAGGGGAUGGAACAAAGUUGCAGCGUUGAAUCUAUUGAUAAUGGAAAUGUAGUCUCACAGUGCGACUGGUUGGAUCCAUCGUUUCAGUUGAAUGUUCCAUUAGUUGAUGUUGAUAAGGUCCGAUGUAUAAUAAGGAAUAUAGUUAGAGACUGGGCAGCAGAGGGAAAAAAAGAGCGUGAUCAAUGCUACAAGCCUAUUCUUGAAGAACUUGAUGCUCUAUUCCCUAUUCGCUCUAAAGAAAGCCCCCCUGCCUGUUUAGUUCCUGGUGCUGGACUUGGGCGGUUGGCUUUGGAAAUCUCAUGUCUAGGUUUUAUGAGCCAGGGAAAUGAAUUUUCAUACUACAUGAUGAUAUGCUCAAGUUUCAUUCUUAAUCAUACUCAAAAUGCUGGGGAGUGGACGAUAUAUCCUUGGAUACACAGCAAUUGCAAUUCGCUUUCUGAUAGUGACCAACUGCGUCCUGUUGCUAUCCCUGAUAUUCAUCCAGCAAGUGCAGGGAUUACUGAAGGUUUUUCUAUGUGUGGCGGUGACUUUAUUGAGGUCUAUAAUGAUCCAAGCCAAGAAGGCUUUUGGGAUGCAGUUGUAACUUGCUUCUUUAUUGAUACUGCACACAACAUUAUUGAAUACAUUGAAAUAAUAUCAAAAAUUCUGAAAGAUGGUGGAGUUUGGAUAAAUUUGGGACCCCUACUUUAUCACUUUGCAGAUAAUUAUGGAGAGGAGGAUGAAAUUUCUAUUGAACUGAGUUUGGAAGAUGUAAAGAGGGUUGCUUUACACUAUGGUUUUGAGUGUGAGAAGGAAAGCACAAUUGGGACAACCUACACUACAAAUCCCCGAUCUAUGAUGCAGAACUGCUACUAUGCUGCAUUUUGGACAAUGAGAAAGAAAAUAGCGACUAAAUUGAAGGAUACCACAUAAUAACACCAUGGCGUGUAUUUGAUGGGUACUUUCUCAAGUGGGUAGUUUUUAUAAGCUCUUCAUGCUAUAAUACAUAACUACUUGUUGCAUAAUCUACAGCUUUAUUGACAGUCUUGAACGUAGUUGACAAAUUCAGAAGUUUUAACUUGUUUGUUCAAUGCAUUUAACAUGAUUACAUUUCUUCA